GCAUAUGGAGAGUUAAUUUACUCAUUCAUUCUCCAGAUACCAGAACAACACCAUAUUCAGAUAGAUAGUAGGAAGAGGCUGCAAUGGCUCCAAGCAGCAGCCACAGAUAUUAACGCUGAAGCCCCCACUGCCUAUAGUGGCGAUCUCGAGUAUUUCGCAAAUCUCUCCAUCGGGAAUCCGCCGGUACCUUUCCUGGCCUUAAUCGACACGGGCGACGGCCUAACAUGGACCCAAUGCGCACACUGCCGCCACUGCUCUGCACAGCCGACUCCCUUAUUCAAUCCCAAGAAGUCCAGCUCGUACACCGCGUUAAAUUGCCCGAACGAUAAAUGCAAACUGCACGAUCCCGAUGGUUGCAAUGGAUUGCCGCCUGGCACCAAAUGCAAGUACAGAAAAGUGUACCUAGAUGGCACCGGGACCCGAGGCGACCUGGCCACCGAGACCCUCUGGUUUGGGGACGUCCACGUCCCCGGAAUACUUUGGUGUGGCAUCCAGAUCCUACUGGAAAUCUUAGUGUUAAAUCAGCAUACCAGAGGAACAAAAACAGAAGAAUCAAGUCGAGAGCAGUUCUUGCAAGAGAAAGAAAGGAAAACAUGGAAUCUU